AUGGCGGAGGACAGUGAGUCUGCCGCCAGUCAGCAAAGCCUCGAGCUGGACGAUCAGGACACCUGCGGCAUCGACGGCGACAAUGAGGAGGAGACGGAGCACUCCAAAGGAAGUCCAGGGGGAGAAUUGGGAGCUAAAAAGAAGAAAAAGAAGCAGAAACGAAAAAAGGAGAAAACAAAUUCUGGAGGUACCAAAUCAGACUCUGCUUCUGACUCCCAGGAGAUUAAAAUUCAGCAACCUUCAAAAAAUCCAGCCAUUCCAAUGCAGAAGCUGCAAGACAUUCAAAGAGCUAUGGAGCUGCUCUCAGCCUGUCAGGGCCCAGCCAAGAAUAUUGAUGAAGCGACCAAACGUAAAUACCAGUUUUGGGACACACAGCCUGUACCCAAGCUUAGUGAAGUUAUAACAUCUCAUGGUGCUAUUGAACCAGAUAAAGAUAACAUUCGCCUAGAGCCAUAUUCUUUACCGCAGGGUUUUACUUGGGACACGUUGGAUCUGAGCAGUGCUGAAGUUUUAAAAGAGUUGUACAUGCUGCUAAAUGAAAAUUAUGUUGAAGAUGACGAUAACAUGUUUAGAUUUGAUUAUUCAUCGGAAUUCCUUUUGUGUGAGAAGAAAAUGGUAGAAAUUAAUUUUCUGUGUGUCCAUAAAAAACUACGAUCAAAGCGAGUCGCACCGGUCCUAAUCCGUGAAAUAACCAGAAGAGUAAACUUGGAAGGGAUUUUUCAGGCUGUUUACACUGCAGGAGUCGUCCUUCCCAAACCUGUAGCAACCUGCAGGUACUGGCAUCGAUCGUUGAACCCCAGAAAAUUGGUAGAAGUGAAAUUUUCUCACUUGAGCAGAAAUAUGACAUUACAGAGAACAAUGAAGCUCUACAGACUUCCUGAUGCCACAAAAACCUCAGGCUUGAGACCUAUGGAACGAAAAGAUAUCAAAGCAGUGCAAGAGUUGAUUAACAAUUACUUGAAGCAGUUCAAUCUCGCUCCUGUUAUGGACGAAGAAGAAGUGGCUCACUGGUUCCUGCCUCAGGAUCAUAUUAUUGACACCUUUGUGGUAGAGAAUUCAAAUGGUGUUUUAACUGACUUUCUGAGUUUCUAUACAUUACCUUCAACAGUCAUGCACCACCCUGCUCAUAAAAGCCUCAAAGCAGCCUAUUCCUUCUAUAAUGUUCACACAGAGACCCCUCUCUUGGAUCUAAUGAAUGACGCACUCAUUAUAGCAAAGAUGAAAGGAUUCGAUGUGUUUAAUGCACUAGACUUGAUGGAAAACAAAACAUUCCUGGAAAAACUGAAAUUUGGUAUUGGAGAUGGCAAUCUGCAGUAUUAUUUGUAUAACUGGAGAUGUCCUGGCAUGGAUUCUGAAAAGGUUGGUCUUGUAUUACAAUAAGGUGAAAGGACACUUAUAUUUAUAAUCCUUGGAAGUCAUCAUCUGGGCUGUUGGAUGCUCUUGGAUCCGUACAGUUCAAGAGGAGCCAAAGCACAAUGCCUGUUGAACUUAAAUCAAUCAGUC